AUGCGGGUAUCUAUAUACACAACUUGUCGACGAUUUGCAUCGUCCUCACCCAAAGACAUGUAUGACGCUAUAGUUAUCGGUGGAGGUCAUAACGGACUAACUGCUGCCGCCUAUCUAGCCCGGGCGGGGAAAAAAGUCUGUGUUCUCGAAAGAAGGGAAGUGCUUGGUGGAGCUGCAGUCACUGAGGAAAUACUGCCAGGCUUCCACUUUUCUCGUGCGUCCUAUCUUCUCAGUUUGCUUCGCCCAAUAGUUAUCCAGGAUCUGAAUCUGAAGGCGACACUCGGCACUGAUGGAGUCAUCGGAUUUGCAGCCAGUCCAUACGAUGUCGGAACGGGGUAA